UCAUUCUGUGAUAUCUGUCCAACUAAUUAUGGUCCUGCAAGUUCUGAAUAAUUCCUCAUCAUCAAGCUCAGAAUUGCCUGAUCUGCUUUCGAACGUACACAAUCUCGUACCCUUCAAAUUGGAAAACGAAAACUUCUUCGCUUGGAGGUAUGUAAUUAUCACCAUACUCAAGGCUUACAAUCUCUUCGGCUACUUGGAUGGUUCACUCGAGUGCCCUGAGAAAUUUGUUCGAGUCCGGAACGACGAUGAAGGAGAAUCAUCAUCAACAACUACUGCACAGAUUAAUCCAAGCUACGAAAUUUGGUGCAGGGAGGAUCUAAGAGUGAUGUUGUUCAUCAAUGCUACACUGUCAGCAGACGCACUCCGGGGCAUGCGCCUAAACUGCCCCACUACGACUAGACAGCUAUGGAUUCAACUUUGUGAGGCCACCCAUAUCUCAAAGAAAAUGAGUUUUGUUCAUAACGAUGUACCGUACCUCGAGAGCAUAAAGGCUGGUCUUGAGGGUUGUGGGAUGAAGCCGCCACCUUAGGUUACCGAAAAAUUGGGGGAAAAGAGAUUCUGAUGGUGAGGCGCAAGUUGGGAG